AUGGAUGAGCAUCAAGAGACGUCCUCCUGUUUGACCAACGCCCAUGGCCCCGGCAGCAGCAGCCCUCCCUGUAGCAAACCUGGCAGCGCCCCACCAUGCAAUGGGGUCCCAGAGCGGCGGACGCUGCUGCGGGUGUCUGAGACCCAUGGACUGCAGCUCCUGGGCGUGCUCAGAUCUCUCAGGGAGCGAGGCAUGCUGUUUGACUUCACUAUUAAAGUGCAGGAUCACAGCUUUCCCUGUCAUCGCUGUGUUCUUGCAGCAUGCAGUGAUUUCUUCAGGGCCAUGUUCGAGGUGGAUAUGCGAGAGCGUGAUGAUGGGUCAGUCACACUCGGUAACCAGUGUCAAGUGGCAGUGGCUUCUUUCCUGGAUUUUGCCUAUUCUGGGGAGAUGCUCAUCACUGACGGCAACGUUGACAUGUUGUUCCAGCUUGCCUCUUUUUUGCAGGUGACAGUCCUGUCCAGAGCCUGCAGUGACUUCUUAAUACGGACCAUGGAUCUCUGUAACUGCCUGUCUCUGUUGUCCCUGGCAGAGGCGUAUGGCUCAUCCACCCUCCUUCAUAGUGCCAAUGAGUUUGUGGUUCAGAACUUUUCUGACCUUUCCGAAAGCCAGGACUUCUUGGACAUGCAGGUGAAUAUCUUGGAGGCCUGCCUCAGGUCGGACGCUCUGAACGUGAGCAGUGAGGAGGCAGUGGUGAUGUCACUUCUGAGAUGGACUCGCCACAAUCUCACAGAAAGACAGAAGCAGCUACCAGGAUUGUUGUCUCUGACCCGACUGCACCAUCUCCCUACACCUGCUCUAAAGACUCUGCGUGAUUCAGACUCUCUCCUCUGUGAUGAUGAGUCCUGUCUCGCCCUGCUGUCAGAAGCCCAGAGCAGACAGACUCAGUACAGUGGCCUGCUCACUGAUGCCAGGCCCGCCACCACACAGAGCUACAUCUACAUCCACAAGACGGAGGAGAACGGCGAGAUCCGGCACACAUUCUGCUACUGUCUGGAAACAGACCAGUGGAAAGAGCUGGGAACAGGACAAGUAGAGGAGACGACCACGAUGCCAGACCAACCAGGCUCUUACCUUACCAGCUAUGCUGAGAAGAUGUUUGUCACAGGUGGUUGUCGGGGUAACUGUUGCCGGGCGAUACGUCUCCACGUGGCCGAACCGUUCCACGAUGCCACCGAUGAGGUUUGGUGCUUCUGUCCUGUGACUUUGACCUGCACACCUGCACCGGCCAUGCUGAAGCCCAGAACCAUGCACACGGCUGUGACCUGCCUGGACCGAGUGUACGUCAUUGGGGGACGGACCAAAGGAUCCAGAGGAGGGCCUCCCAGUCUGCUAGAGGUGGAGUACUACAACCCCCUGACCCAGACCUGGAGCUCUGUCAGCCCGCUGCCCACUGCCAUCUUCUACCCUGAGGCCAGUGCUUGUGGCAGUGUUAUCUAUACGCUGGGAUCAGAGGUGGAAAUCACAGACUCCUUUAACCCCUCGCUCGACUGCUUCUUCUGCUAUGAUGCCCAGCAGGACCAGUGGAGCCGCCUGGUAGCCGAGUUUGGCCAGUUCUUCCAUGCUACACUAGUCAAGGCUGUGUCAAUUAACAAUACGCUGCACCUCUGUGACCUGUCCACUUAUAAGGUUUACAGUUUUUGUCCAGAGACCUGUGUGUGGAAGGGUGAAGGCUCAUUUGAAUGUGCUGGCUUCAAUGCUGGAGCAGUGGGAAUGAGAGAUAGAAUCUACAUUCUGGGUGGCGACUACUCACCUGAUGAGAUUACUGAUGAAGUUCAGGUGUACUACAGUGGGAAGAGCCAAUGGGAAGAAGUGGCACCGAUGCCCAGAGCACUCACCGAGUUCCACUGCCAGCUCAUUAGCUUCAACAGAUACAGAGACCCGUGGGCUGACGCGCAGCAGUGA